UAUCUAAAAAUAAAUCAAAAAAUUUCUUGAACCAGUCAAGCUUUUUUCCAUAACUAAGUAAUCUGUCAAUUUUUUUCUUUAAUUUCUACUUCUUUUAAUUAAUUAUAUUUAUUGUUUAACUGGUUAAUCUCUGCUACUAGUAGCUCAAAAUCAAUGGAGUCAUGGAGAUAUUUUUAUCUUACUUGAUAAUAACUUAAAGGGACUGUGUUUUAUGGAGUUUAUUAUAGUGUAAUAAUAAAUUAAAAAGAAGCAGAUUUUGAAUUUUUUUUCCUAUGCAGUCUUGUGAAUUCUUCACCCAUGGUUAUUUUGAACCUGGUUAAUGGUUGCUGUUUAUGCGGUGGGGAACGAUUGUGUUGCGGGCGAGAGGGGAUUGGCCCGAGGAAAAAACCACAUGAGUUUUGAUUAGGAGGAUAGGAAUAGCAUAAUGGGUGACAGAAAAGGUGUAGGAGGGUCAUCCGACGAGGUUGAUACUAGGGUUGAUGAUAAUGUUGCACCUCUUAAUGUAAGUAGCGUACCUAGUGGAGUAGUUCAGGUUCAUGGUGGGUUCCAAGUACAACAACAAUCUCAAAAUUCUGUCAUUCGUUGGGAGAGGUUUCUCCCUACCAAGUCUCUAAAUGUUCUUCUUGUGGAAAAUGAUGACUCCACACGACAUGUUCUCAGUGCUUUACUACGGAACUGCAGUUAUGAAGUUACUGCUGCUGCAAAUGCUCUUCGAGCGUGGAAAAUACUGGAAGAUAUGAAUAAUCAUAUUGACGUUAUCCUAACAGAGGUAGUCAUGCCUAAUGUAUCUGGAAUUGGUCUUUUAUGCAAGAUUAUGAGCCACAAAUCCCUCAAGAAUAUUCCAGUGAUAAUGAUGUCAUCCCAUGACUCUAUGGGUAUAGUCUUUAAGUGUCUGUCAAAAGGUGCUGCUGAUUUCUUAGUGAAACCUAUUCGAAAGAAUGAACUUAAAAACUUAUGGCAGCAUGUUUGGAGGAGAUGUCACAGCUCUAGUGGUAGCGGCAGUGAAAGUGGGACACAGAGUCAGAAUAAUAAACCUGCAAAGACAAUGUGUAAUGAAGAGUGUGAAAAUAAUUCUGACAGCAGCGAUGAUCUUAAUGACUAUGGAAGUAAUGGUCCUAGUAACAGGGAUGGAAGUGACAAUGGGAGUGGCACCCAGAGUUCAUGGACAAAAAGAGCAUCUGAUUUUGACAGCCCUCGACCAAAGUCAUCUGCAUAUUUAUUGGCUGAUGGCCCUGAUAGCACCUGUGCGCAGGUCAUCCAAACAAAGCCGGAGUCCAUUAGCAAUAUAUGGUUACAUGAUACUAACACAAAAGAAUGUCAAGAGAAGGAUGGUAAACAUGAUAACUUUGCAAUGGGAAAAGAUUUGGAAAUAGGUGUCUCUAGCAACCCAGAUGUCCAGCAUGAUUAUCACUCUGAAAAACUCUCUUCACAUCGCAAAAGGAAACAGAAAAAUUCUGAAGUGGAUAGUAUGCCACUUGAGAAUGGGAAACUGGAACACAUCAGCGAAAAGACAUGCACAAAACUGAUUAAUCAAACUCCUGAAUUGAUUACUAGAUUUGCCAGUUCUGUCAAUCCACAUGCUGAAAGUAAGAUAGUUGGCACUUCAAAUUUUUCUGGCAUUUCACAACUCGAAGACAAAUCUUGCUGUGAGUAUGGAGAGUUGCCAUCCCUUGAAUUAAGCUUGAAAAGGUUUAGAAGAGAAAGAGACGGCGGGAAUGCUUCAAAUGAUGAUCACAAUGUGUUACGACAUUCAGAUUUGUCUGCAUUCUCAAAGUAUAACACUGGAUCUUCUGCUAAUCAGGGUCCCACAGAGAACGUUGGGAGUUGUUCUCCGCUCGACAAUAGCUCAGCUGUGAUAAAAACCGAGAAUACUCUCAAUGUUCCAUUUCAUUUGAGCAACACUCUGCUUAAUCAACAGUCCAAUGGUAGCAGCACUAACAAUGACAUGGCCUCAACAGCUAAAAAUGUUACCGCCAAGCCAGAAGCUUUUAAUGACAAAUCUGAGUCUACGUCAGCAUUCAAAUCAUUUCACUCUUCUGCCUUCCAUCCCGUGCAAAGUGAUCGUACUUCUCAUCCCCAGCAGAUGAUACCCGUGAAGGUAGAGGAUGCUGGUACGGUAAGGGGCGUCCGCAAGCAGGUUCAAGUGCGGCACCACCAUCACCACCAUCAUUAUCACCAUCAUGUCCACAUACAACAGCAGAAUUCGCCACAGGAACAUGAUGAAAUUCCACAGAAGAAUAUGGAAGCAGUUGCUCCACAAUGUGGAUCAUCAAAUAUCUUUGGAGGACCAACUGAAGGAAAUGCUGGAAACUGCAGCAUGAAUGGUAGUGUCUCGGGGAGUAACCAUGGCAGUAACGGGAAAAAUGGAAGCAACACUGCCUUGAAUAAUGAACUAACAAACAUGGAAACUGACAACACAACUGCUGGAAAUAAUGCAGCUGGUGGUUUGAGCAGGAGAAUUAAUGGAACUGCGGUAGAUGAAGAUCGCAUUGCACAUAGAGAAGCUGCAUUGUCCAAAUUUCGUCAAAAGAGAAAGGAGAGAUGUUUUGACAAAAAGGUCCGAUAUCAAAGCAGAAAAAAAUUGGCAGAACAACGACCUCGAAUCAAGGGGCAAUUUGUUCGACAAACAAUGUCUGAAUCUAGUGCAGGGAGGGAUUGCCAGAGCAACGACCUCACUUCCGAAGAUAAUUCUUCCGACAGUGUAAGAUAGCACAGAAAUAUGCAGAUCGUAACUCAGUGUUAGUCAAUCCUCUAAUUUAUGCUUGUUUGUUGACAUGAGAUUAGCGUAGUGGUUUGUAAUAUAAAUGCACAAACAAUCUUUGUUUUUUCGUUUGUUGACUUACAAAGAGAUACUUUAUCCGACUUUUUGUAACUUACCAUAAAUCUCAAAGGGGAGGCUGUCCUGCUAUAGGGCAUCCUCCGAGAUAGAAUGUCA